AUGUUGCAUUUCCUGGCAUCGCCCCUGCCAAGUCCCGCCAAUGGCAGGCCACUGCCGAAGAUCGUUCUCCUAAUACGGUCUAACGUCUCGGCCAAAAGCCGGGGCUCCGUGGAGAGGGCCCCCACAAUCUCAUCACCCCACAGUCGGCGAGCGAAGUUGUUUGGAGAUGGCAUGUUGGUAGUAGUAGCUUUGAUAGAUAUAAAAGCCGUUGGUUGGUCUUUGAUCGAGAUCGAUUUAUGCACCAUCGGCUCUCACACUCCCCUCGAGCAAGACGUUCCUCGCCUCUCCUCCUUCAAAAUGAAGCUCGCGGAUAUCCUAACGGCAGCUCUCCUCCCGCUUGCGUCCACCGUCUCCGCGGCAGACGUAAAUGCAUGGAAGUCGCGCAACAUCUACUUUGCCCUGACCGAUCGCAUCGCCCGCAGUGCUGAUGAUACCGGCGGAGAUGCUUGCGGUAACCUCGGGAACUACUGCGGCGGAACUUUCGCAGGGUUGCAGUCCAAACUCGACUAUAUCAGAGGGAUGGGCUUUGACGCGAUUUGGAUUACCCCUGUUGUCGCUAAUCAUGCCGGAGGAUAUCAUGGGUAUUGGGCGCAGGAUCUCUACAGCAUCAAUGAGAACUAUGGCACCGCGGAUGAUCUCAAGAGUCUAGUCAGUGCAGCCCAUGAAAAGGGAAUGUACGUAAUGGCAGAUGUAGUCGCAAACCACAUGGGAAGCCCCAUCAGCGACAACAAGCCCGAACCCCUGAACUCCGAUAGCGCCUACCACUCCGACUGCACAAUCGACUACUCCUCCCAGAGCAGUAUCGAAACGUGCCGAAUUGCAUCCGAUCUCCCCGACGUCAACACGGAGAGCUCCGAGAUCCGCGAGCUCUUCAAUACCUGGAUCAAGUGGCUGGUUACGGAAUACGAGUUCGACGGUCUUCGCAUCGACACGGUGAAGCACGUGGAGAAGGACUUCUGGUCCGGUUUCACCGCCGCCGCGGGCGUUUACACCAUCGGCGAGGUGUGGGACGGCGGACCCGAGUAUCUCGCCGGGUACGCAAACAGCAUGGAUGGCCUGCUCAACUACGCGAUUUACUACCCCAUGAACAGAUUUUAUCAGCAAUCUGGCUCGGCGCAGGACAUUGUCGACAUGCAUGAUCAGAUUAGCUCGCUUUUCCCUGACCCCAGUGCCCUCGGGACGUUCCUGGAUAACCACGACAAUGCCCGCUGGCUGAGCACGAAGAACGACCAGACACUGCUCAAGAACGCUCUGGCCUACGUCAUUCUUGCUCGCGGCAUUCCGAUCGUUUACUAUGGAACGGAACAGGGCUACGCAGGUGGCAAUGACCCUGCCAAUCGCGAGGAUCUGUGGCGGAGCAGCUUCAGCACCGACGCGGACUUGUACCAAGCUAUCUCUCGGCUCUCGGCCGCUAGGUCAGCUGUCGGCGGUCUUGCCGAUGACGACCAUGUCCAUCUGUAUGUUGCGGACACGGCAUAUGCGUGGAGCAGGGCUGGGGGUGAUCUCAUUGUUCUCACCACCAAUGCUGGGUCUGGGUCUGGGGCUGAGCACUGUUUCAACUCGCAGAAGGCUGGGGGGUCAUGGACUGAUGUGUUUGGAGAUGGAACGUAUAGCGCCGAUGAAAACGGACAGGUCUGUGUUACCAUUUCUAAUGGCAACCCUGCGGUGUUGGUUGCGGACUCGUAG